CAAGCGCGCGGCGGUCGAACGCUGCGUCAACUCGUGACCAGUUUCUUUUUUUUUUCUUUUUUUUCCAAUUUUUUUUUCAAAUAUUCAAAAUGAAGUACCAAGUUUUGUUAAUUUGUUUGGUGGCUUACAUCGCGCCGAGCUCGUCGAAAACAAAUUUCUUCGGCGGUCGGUGUUCCCAGCAGGACCCUGAGGUGGAUGACUGCCUACUGCGGAGCUUCAACUCGCUCGUCGACCAUCUGAAGAGGGGCACUCCGGAGCUGGGGAUUGAAAGAACGGAAACACUCGUGAUAGAUGAGCUGUCCAUCGCCCUGGGCAGCGGGCCCGACGGCUACCGCGCCACAUUCAAGGACAUACAUGCCACUGGUGUGGAGAACAUGACCAUCACCAACGUCAGGUCAGACCUGGAGACUCACCAGUUCCAGCUGACGAUGUACGGUCCGCACAUCAGCACCACAGCCCGCUACCGCUCCUCUGGCAUACUGCUGCUGGUUCGCGCCUCCGGCGGCGGCGACUACUGGGGCGAAUACGAGGGCGUCAAAGCGAAGGUGUACUUCCGCGGCGAGCCCUACACCAAGAAGGGCAAGACCUACCUGAAGCUCAAGCAGCUCAAGCUGGACUUCUCCGUGAAGAGCAUCAGGAUGGGAGUCGAAAACUUGGAGAAUAGCAACGCUGUACUUGAAGCGGCAUUGAACCUCUUCAUCAACACCAACGCCCAGGAGCUGAUGAAGGAAAUGAAGCCCCAGCUCAAACAGGACCUGGCUGAGAAGAUGUCCAGGUUCCUUGACAGGAUCCUGGCCAAGAUACCCUAUAAUGACUUGGUCGUCGACUAGAAGACAAAUCCUUCACAUGCCCCUUCGACUCGCAUUCGGAAACUAACAUCCAUUACUAAUUACUAAUAUUAUAUAAGUCUGUCUGUCUAUCU